CGUCCGUCCAUAUAACCAAGAGACAUAAAACGCGCGUUUCCGAAACGCUGCGACAUACAAUUAGCGUUCUUAGUCAGUCGAAGCGGAGGCAAAACUGCUACAGAAAGCAGACGAAAUUUGAGGAAGAAGAGGGGAGGAUGAAGAAGAUCUCGGUGAUUCUCAUGGGAUGUGGAGGCGUUGGCCGACAACUUCUCCAACACAUUGUCUCUUUCCGAUCGCUUCACGCCAAAAUGGUCCGUACUCAUUUCUCUCGAUUUCGAAUGAAUCGGAAGCUGAUGUCAAUGUAUGGACAAAUACUUGACAGUAAAUCCUUAGCUGUUCCAGUGGAUGUGCUCAAAGAGGGACUUGAUGAUGAUCUCUUGUCUGAAGUUUGCAGUAUCAAAUCGGCUGGUUCUGCUUUGACGACGCUUGGUGCUUUAGGAAAAGGUGAAUAUCGCGUGUUCAAUGGUUCUGAGUCAAUAAGAGAAACGGAAGAAAUUGCACAACUUCUCGGUAAAUCUACAGGCUUAGUUGUUGUGGAUUGCUCAGCCAGCAGUGAAACGGUUGAAAUAUUGAUGAAGGCAGUUGACUUGGGUUGCUGUGUUGUCCUUGCAAAUAAGAAGCCUCUUACUUCCACACUGGAACAUUAUGACAAGUUGGUUUUGGAUCCUCGACGUAUCCGCCAUGAAUCCACUGUUGGUGCUGGGCUUCCUGUCAUUGCGUCCAUGAACCGCAUUAUUUCAUCUGGAGAUCCUGUUCAUAGUAUUGUCGGUAGUUUGAGCGGUACCUUGGGAUAUGUAAUGAGUGAGCUUGAAGAUGGAAGGCCUCUAAGUCAAGUUGUUCGAGCUGCCAAAACGCUGGGGUACACUGAGCCAGAUCCACGUGACGACCUCAGUGGCAUGGAUGUUGCUAGAAAGGCUUUGAUUCUUGCUCGACUUCUUGGGAAAAGGAUAGUUAUGGAUAGCAUAAAGAUAGAGAGCUUAUACCCUGAAGAGAUGAGACCUGGAGUCAUGACUGUGGAUGAUUUCCUCCAAAAUGGAAUAGCAAAAUUGGAUCAGAACAUUGAGGAGAGAGUUAAAAGAGCUUCGUCAAACGGGUGUGUGCUUCGUUAUGUCUGUAUGAUUGAGGGCUCAAGUGUUCAAGUUGGCAUUCGAGAAGUUACAAAAGAUUCACCACUGGGACGACUAAGAGGCAGUGACAAUAUAGUGGAGAUACGUAGCCGUUGCUACAAGGAGCAGCCUUUGGUGAUUCAAGGUGCCGGAGCCGGGAACGACACGACUGCAGCCGGUGUUCUUGCAGACAUCAUCGACAUGCAGGAUCUUUUUCCUUGAGAGAGCAUGUGGUUUGGUCUUAUCACAGUAAUAAUAAAUCUUAAUUUUCAAGGAUUGUUUUUAUUCAUCAUAAAAGACCGUGGCCUCUCCUUACAUUGCAAUAAAAAGCUUCUCUUUUGUGAGUGUUUACGUUG